GCGGUCCGGGCGAGGGGGCGGAGUUUGGCUGGGACAGUGUAGGGAGCCCUGUCACUCUCGGCUUUCACCCGGGUGAGGGGUCUAUGGAGCAGCUCCUGGCCCAGCUGUGUGGCACCGAUGCGGCGCGACCGCUCCCGCUGUGGGAAGGCGACACCACGGGCCACUGCUUUACCCAGCUGGUGCUCAGCGUCCUUCCCCAUGCGCUCCUCGCCGUCCUCAGUGCCUGCCACUUGGGCACUCCAAGGACUUCUGAUUACAUCCCACCUUUCAGUCCUGGCUGGCGCCUCCGACUCACAGCUUCCUUCCUUCUGUCUGUCUUCCCGUUGCUAGACCUCCUUCCAGUUGCUCUGCCCCCAGGGUCCCGCCCAGGGCCCAGAGGGCUAGAGGUGCUGGCAGGAUGCGUGGCAGCUGUGGCCUGGUUCACCCACAGCCUGGCCCUGUGGGCAUUGGUUCAUUCCCAUCAUGGCCGCUCCCGUGGACCCUUGGCCUUGGCCCUGGCAGCCUUCCUACCAGCUCCAGCCCUGGUGCUGACUCUGUUGUGGCAUUGCCAGCGAGGCACGUUCCUGCCCCCGCUUCUCCCAGGACCUCUGGGCCGCGUCUGUCUUCUUAUUCUGCAGCUGGCAGCAGUCUUGGCCUAUGGACUGGGCUGGGCAGCCCCUGGGGGGCCACGAGAGCCCUGGACUCAGGAACACUUCCUGACCUCUGAGAGUCAGGAAACAGAGGUGGCUGAAGAUGGAGAGAGUUGGUUGUCACGUUUUUCCUAUGCCUGGCUGGCACCCUUGCUUGCUCGCGGAGUCCGUGGAGAGCUCCGGCAGCCCCAGGACAUUUGCCGACUCCCCCGAAGGCUGCAUCCUGCUUACCUGGCCCGUGCCUUCCAAGCACACUGGAAGGAGGGGGCCCAACUGUGGAGGGCCCUGUAUGGGGCCUUUGGAUGUUGCUACCUAGCCCUUGGACUGUUGAAGCUGGUGGGAACCAUGCUGGCAUUCUCUGGGCCUCUGCUGCUCUCCCUACUGGUGGGCUUCCUGGAGGAAGGGCAAGAGCCCCUAAGCCACGGGCUGCUCUAUGUCCUGGGGUUGGCCAGUGGGGCUGUGAUAAGUGCGGUGCUGCAGAAUCAGUAUGGGUAUGAGCUCCGGAAAGUGACGCUUCAGGCGCGGGGGGCUGUGCUGAGCAUCCUCUACCGGAAGGUCUUGCAGCUUGGGCCUAGCCGCCCUCCCACUGGGGAGGCCCUGAACCUACUGGGCACCGACUCCGAGAGGCUGCUUAACUUUGCUGGCAGCUUCCAUGAGGCCUGGGGCCUGCCUCUGCAACUGGCCAUCACCCUCUACCUGCUGUACCAGCAGGUGGGCAUGGCCUUCGUGGCUGGGUUGGUCUUGGCACUGCUGCUGGUACCCAUCAACAAAGUGAUUGCCACCCGCAUCAUGGCCAGCAAUCAGGAGAUGCUGCAUCUCAAGGAUGCCCGGGUUAAGCUCAUGACAGAGCUGCUGAGUGGCAUUCGAGUCAUCAAGUUCUUCGGGUGGGAGCAGGCUCUGGGGGACCGAGUAAAGGCCUUCCGGUCUCAAGAGUUGGGACGACUCCGGGUCAUCAAAUACCUGGACGCAGCCUGCGUGUACCUGUGGGCUGCUCUGCCUGUUGUCACCUGCAUCAUCAUCUUCGUCACCUAUGUCCUCAUGGGGCACCAGCUCACUGCCACCAAGGUGUUUACGGCACUGGCGCUGGUAAGGCUGCUCAUUCUUCCUCUCAACAACUUCCCCUGGGUGAUCAAUGGCCUCUUGGAGGCCAAAGUAUCCUUGGACCGGAUCCAGCGGUUCCUCGACCUUCCAAACUACAAACCUGAGGCCUACUACAGCCCCGAUCCCCCCACAGAGCCAUCCAUGGCACUGGAGCUGCAUGAAGCCCUGUUCUCCUGGGACCCAAUUGGCACGAGCCAGAAGACCUUCAUCAGUCACCUCAAAGUGAAAAAGGGCAUGCUGGUGGGCAUCGUGGGCAAGGUGGGCUGUGGGAAGAGUUCGUUGCUGGCCGCCAUCACUGGGGAGCUCCACAGGCUCUGUGGGUCAGUGGCAGUGUCAGGACUGUCCAAAGGCUUUGGACUGGCUACCCAGGAGCCCUGGAUCCAGUGUGCCACCAUCCGAGACAAUAUCCUCUUUGGGAAGGCAUUUGAUGCCCGGCUGUACACGGAGGUGCUGGAGGCCUGCGCCCUCAACGAUGAUCUCAGCAUCCUGCCCUCCGGAGACCAGACAGAGGUGGGAGAGAAGGGUGUGACCCUCAGUGGGGGACAGCGGGCCCGUAUUGCACUUGCUCGUGCUGUCUACCAGGAGAAAGCAUUCUAUCUCCUUGACGACCCCCUGGCUGCUGUGGAUGCAGAUGUGGCCAACCACCUGCUACACAGGUGCAUUCUGGGAGUGCUGAGCCACACUACCCGGCUGCUGUGCACCCACCGCACUGAGUACCUGGAAAGGGCUGAUGUGGUGCUGUUGAUGGAGGCCGGGCACCUGGUCCGAACAGGGCCUCCCUCUGAGGUUCUGCCAUUGGUUCAAGCUGCCCCCACAGCCUGGGCUGAGGAGGAACAAGUGACUGACUCAGGCAAGUCCCUGUCAGUACAGAAGAACCCAGAGAAAACAGCAGAGGGGCUGGAGGUGGAGCAGAGCACAUCUGGUCGCCUAGUGCAGGAGGAAACCAAAAAUGAGGGAGCUGUGGCCCUGCAUGUGUACCAAGCGUACUGGAGGGCCAUGGGCAGCGGCCUGGCCAUAGCCAUCCUCGUCUCUCUGCUUCUCAUGCAAGCCACACGCAACGGUGCUGACUGGUGGCUGUCUCACUGGCUCUCUCAGCUGAAGGCAGCCAGGAAUAGCUCUCCGGAAGGCCCAUCUUCCUCCAGCCCAGGGUCCACAGGGCUCUUCUCCCCUCCGCUGCUUCUCUUCUCCUCCAGAAACUUCUUCCACACCCCACUGCUCAGAGCUGCUUCCAAUGGCUCCGCGGACGUCCACUUGUACCUCACCGUGUACGCCACCAUUGCUGGCGUCAACUCUCUCUGCACCCUCCUCCGGGCAGUGCUCUUUGCGGCAGGCGCCCUUCAAGCAGCUGCUACAUUACACCACCGCCUGCUGCAUCAGCUCCUCAAGGCACCCGUGACUUUCUUUGACUCCACGCCCUCGGGCCGGGUCUUGAACCGCUUCUCCUCAGAUGUAGCCUGUGUGGAUGACAGCCUACCCUUCCUCCUCAACAUCCUGCUGGCCAAUUCUGUAGGCCUGCUGGGCCUCCUGAUUGUGCUAGGUUCCGGUCUGCCCUGGUUGCUGCUGCUGCUGCCGCCUCUGGGCUUCAUCUACUACCGAGUGCAGCGCCACUACAGGGCGUCCUUCCGGGAGCUGCGGCGCCUGGGCAGCCUCACCCUGUCUCCGCUCUACACCCACCUGGCUGACACGUUGGCAGGCCUCCCGGUGCUCCGUGCUGCAGGGGCCUCUUACAGGUUUGAGGAGGAGAACCAGCGACUCCUGGAGCUAAACCAGCGGUGCCAGUUUGCUUCCUGUGCCACGAUGCAGUGGCUGGACAUUCGACUGCAGCUCAUGGGGGCAGCCGUGGUCAGCGCCAUCGCCGGCAUCGCCCUGGUACAGCACCAGCAGGGCCUUGCCAACCCAGGGCUGGUGGGCCUGGUGCUGUCCUAUGCCCUGUCCUUGACGGGCCUGCUCUCGGGCCUGGUGAGCAGCUUCACACAGACAGAAGGCAUGAUGGUGAGUGUCGAGCGUCUGGAGGAGUAUUCCUGCAACAUUCCUCAGGAGGCCCGAGGCCAGCCACUGCAGACACCCCAGCAGGGCAUCAGGUGGCUGACCCAGGGAAGCGUGGAGUUCCAGGACGUGGUGUUGGUAUAUCGGCCAGGGCUGCCAAAUGCCCUGGACAGGGUGACCUUUCGAGUGGAGCCUGGAGAGAAGCUGGGCAUUGUAGGCCGCACAGGCUCCGGCAAGUCUUCCCUGUUCUUGGUGCUCUUCCGGCUGCUGGAGCCUAGCGCAGGGCGGGUGCUGCUGGACGGCGUGGACACCAGGCAGCUGGAGCUGGCCGAGCUCAGAUCCCAGCUAGCUGUCAUCCCCCAGGAACCUUUUUUGUUCAGCGGGACUGUUCGGGAGAACCUGGACCCCCAGGGCCUCCAUGAGGAUGGGGCCCUGUGGCAAGCCCUGGAGCAAUGCCACCUGAGUGAGGUGAUCGUCGCUGUGGGUGGUCUGGAUGGAGAGUUGGGAGAGAGGGGCCGGAACCUGUCGCUGGGACAGAGGCAGCUGCUGUGUCUGGCCAGGGCUCUUCUUACAGAUGCCAAGAUCUUGUGCAUCGAUGAGGCCACUGCAAGUGUGGACCAGAAGACAGACCAGCUGCUCCAGCAGACCAUCGGCAAACGCUUUGCCAACAAGACAGUGCUGACCAUCGCCCACAGGCUCAACACAAUCCUAAACUCUGACCGAGUGCUGGUGCUCCAAGCUGGGAGGGUGGCAGAACUGGACUCCCCCUCUGUCCUGCGCAGCCAGCCCCAGUCACUGUUCCAACAGCUACUGCAGAGCAGCCAGCAGGGAGCCCCCCACUCCCUCCCUGCAGGAUGCUGAGCCUCCCACGGGGGUCUGUGCUCCUUCCCACCAGGGCUGCUUGUUUACAUUUCUCCUCUGAGGUUCUACCUCUCCUCCACUACCCCAGAUGGAAAAGGGCACCCUGGAUUCCCCAUGUAAACCACACACGGUGUGUUGAAGGCUGAGGCUUCCUCAGAACCGGCUCACUGUGGGCCUCUUUGCCCAGAAUUCUGGGCCAGUUUUUCUUCCAUAGAAGCCCACUUUUGUUUUCAUAAUUUUAUUUGAUAAAAUUCCUAUCUUACA